GCAUGCGACAUUUCUUCGUUGCCAACUGAUAGAACACUGAUUCAUGUGUGGUACCUUAGUCGCCCUCGGCCGAUCGGCAGCUCGAUGUCAGUAUCAGCAGCGAAGGCCCUUGGCAAAGCACCUACUGCAGGGGUCAGGGGUCGGCCAGAAACCAGAAUUCAUCCUCCCGGCAUGCUGACACGCACCCAUCACAGCGAGCACGGUCUUAGUCACAGUUUACAAGAUUUAAGGUCUGUCAAGGCGUCCGAGCACCAUUCAGGUUCUCCGACAAAACGACCGCCGAACUUCUACAACGUCAGAUUAUCAAAUGCUCCCGUCUUCCUUCGUCGUACGUCUUUGCGACCGCCGAAUCUCCAAAACCUUGUCAAGCCACCUGAAAGGGUGCAGCAACGUCCGAUACACAGUGCCCUGAAGGUUUCGACCAAGCCCCCUCCGGUCCCGAGACCUGCACAGAAGCCGGUGAGAAGUGCCCCAGUAACGUCGAUAUCCUCUCAGACACAUGCCAUGCCCGAUGUUUCGGCUCAGUGGAUGUUCCCGGAGAACAGAGGGAUGCCCCAUCAUCGCUCCAUCCUUACCUUCGAUGAAGCCGUGCAAACGCAUUCGCCUUACGUUGAAGAUACUACACAAGUGACUCCCGAUGAGACAGAUUCUGUCGACGUCUCGGCGAUCAGCAUGGUCGACGCGGCGAAUCAAACCGUUUUGAUGGGACCUUCUGCCGACGCUACUGUCCAAUGUGGGAGCCCACUUAGGUCGCCCGAGAAACCUUCUGGUGCAGAAAACUACGGCACGGAUCCAGGCGCACCGCCGCUUCGCCAGUCCAAUCCGGCCGAACUGCGUGACGCUAUGUGGCGCAUCGUGCGGACUGAGCUGGGCAAAACUAAACGGGAGCUGUUGAAGCAGCUCAGCAUCAGUCGGCAGGCUGACUCCCGGGUCAGCGCUUUCGAGGAACGGUUGGCUCAGUGGGUCCAGGCUGAGGUGCUUGUUACGGAGCGAAGCACCGCUACCAUCAAGAUUAGUCCUGGGAAGGCAGAUGUAGCGACGGAGACGGUGCGGCCUGUAAAAAGCCCUCCUCCGAUGAGAAUGGAUGCCGCAACGGAGACGGUGCAGCCAGUUGAAAUGACUCCACCACAAAAGCAGAGGCCGCUUGCAUCUAAACCGAAGCCUGAUCGGGAUCGCAUGGUUGGUGCAAUCGCUGAUGAGAUACUGAACAGCGCGGUGAAUGCGGAGAGCCGGGUUGUCGCUCGGGAAGCUGUGCACAUUCCUCGGUCGCAGCCGCCAGGUUCCCCUGCGGCCGUAAACGUGAGCCUUGAUGGGCUAGCCAACGCGUUCAUGCGGGAAGGUAUCAGCAUGGAAAUCCGGAACGUUGUAGCUCAGGCUAUGGAGUCAGGAGCGCGCAAAGUUGAGUCAGCCACCUCGAUCACACCUUCCCCUCCACCUCCACCUGCAUCCCCACCUCCCGCUCCUCCUGCACCUCCUCUUGCCGCACCACCAUCAGAACCCCAACUUCCUGCUUUUGAUCCUGAACGCAUCCUUGAGCAGCAAGCCGCGAAACAUGCUGCACUGCUUGCGGAAGUACACCUCGCUCGAAAGGAGGCUGAGGACCGAUUACGGACGUCGCAGAACGAAGAACGGGAAUGGAGAAUGCGACAAGAGAAUCAUAUGCGGGAACUGGAGACACAACUGAGGAUAUCGCAGGCGAUCGGCAACAAGCCCGAGACCGAACGCAUCAUUGUGCUGGACAAUAGACGGGACAGGUCACCGCUCCCGCAGCCAGUGAUGCAGACUCGACGAGAAAGGUCACCGCCCCCGCAGCCAGUGGUGCAGACUCGACGAGAAAGGUCACCGCUAUUGGCGGAGCGGGAGCGCAACGAGCCCUUGACAAUGCAUCCCCUGGAUGGAAGGACAACAACCGAUCAUGCAUCGCUUCAACGACGUCCUCCUCCCUCGGAGCCAGCGCAGGAUACACUCGCUGUAGAUGACGCCCAGUGCAUUGCGGACGAAGAGCAUUGGCGUCGUCUGAAGGAAAUGGAGGCCGAGCUGAUGACCCUACGAGAGCUCAAGUCUCGAGAUCCACUUCAAUCUACGUACCAUGUCGGAAGGCGCUCAAUGCAGUCGGAUAAGGUCGAUCUUGAGAAGAAAGCUUAUCAGCAGGCCGAAGCGGAGAGGGCACUGAUGGCGGCAGAAGCCCAAGAAGAGCGCAGGCAACGUGAGAAGAUGGAAGCCAAGGAAAGGAUGCUUCUGCGGGAGAAGGAGCAGGUUGCACGCGACAUCAGAAUGAAUGAAAACAUGCUUGCUUCUAGAAGCCUGCAGGAUGCGGACAAGGCGGGAACGGAGAGGUUGAUUCGGAUGGAGGAGGAGGCUACAAGGCAGCUGCUCGAAGAGGAAGAGCGCAUUCGCAAACUGAGAAAGUGAGGGCGAAGCCGCUGCAGUUCCACACGGCCGAAUACCCGCAACAGUUCAGCCCAAGUCGCAAGAGGUAUCAUAUGCCUUUUCAUCAUCUCGGGACUCUUCGACAGGAUUCGGUUUGAUCCCGGAAGUGUCGCCAUCCCUGAGAUAUCAGGACCAGUACUUCAUCGAACCCUUGAUAUUACCGCAACAGACCGCACGCCCGACAUCGGAUACGAGCGCGGGCGAACAGCUGUCGUCGGGCGAAGUCCAGGGGCUCCAGGUCUCGCUUUCCAACAGUUCGGCGGACAUCU